UAACUUAAGAGCCAGGUUGAAAAAAUGUAUCUAGUCCAAUCACAUAGAUCUUGAGUUAUUGUAGUUAUUGUAGUGCUCUUUUUAAAAACAUUUUUUUUUUAAACGCCGCUUUUAUUGUGACACCUCGGUAUCGUAACCCGGAAGUGUUCUGGUGUACAUCAGCCUUGUGUAUCGACCAUCGUACGCAUGCAAACAAAACGCCGAUAACAGUGAGCUGGAUGCUUGCCUGCUGGUCCCAUCUGAUGUGAACCCCUGCAGCCCUCCAGUCUUCCCCCCCCUUGGCGCCGCAGCCAUGUCCGGCCAGACCGCAGCAGCGACCCCCCCUCUCCGAUUCGGCCAGGUGGUCAUCGGACCCCCGGGGUCGGGCAAAACCACGUACUGCCAAGGAAUGCAAGAGUUCAUGACUCACCUGGGACGCAAGGUGGUCGUGGUGAACAUGGACCCCGCUAACGAGGGCCUGCCGUACCCCUGUGCGGUGGACGUGUCGGAGCUGGUCACCCUGGACGACGUCAUGGAGGGCCUGAAGCUCGGGCCCAACGGCGGGCUCCUCUACUGCAUGGACUACGUCGAGGCCAACCUGGACUGGCUGGAGAACAAGCUGAAACAGCACAGUGACUGCUACUUCUUGUUCGACUGCCCCGGACAGGUGGAGCUCUACACCCACCAGAGUUCAGUGAAGAACAUAUUCUCUCAGCUGGCCAAGUGGAAUUUCAGGCUGACAGCGGUGCACCUCGUGGACUCUCAUUACUGUGCGGACCCAGCCAAGUUCAUCUCUGUGCUGUGCACCUCCCUGUCCACCAUGCUGCAUGUGGAGCUCCCCCACGUCAACGUCCUCUCCAAGAUGGACUUGAUUGAGCAGUAUGGCAAACUGGCCUUCAACCUUGACUUCUACACAGAGGUGAUGGAUCUGACCUAUCUUCUCGAUCACCUGGCUGCAGAUCCUUUCUUUAAAAAAUUCCACCAUCUUAAUACAAAGUUGGCAGAGGUCAUACAAGAUUACGGCCUCGUCUCCUUUGUGCCUCUCAAUGUACAGGACAAAGAGAGUAUGAUUCAAGUCUUACGAGCAGUGGACAAGGCCAACGGCUACUGCUUUGGAGACCUGGAGGAGAGGAAUAUACAGGCCAUGAUGUCAGCUGCUGUGGGGGCAGACUUCCAGUUCGACUCUACUCUUGGAGUGCAAGAGAGGUAUGUUGAGACCAGUGGGAAGACUGUGGAGGAGGAAAUGAUGCAUCUGUAAACUGAAAAGCCCAAUUUAAAGGACAGAACUUGCUGCCUUUAAGCGCAAAUAUAACAGGGGAGGCUUGGCAACAUCCACCUCAUCUGGCCCGAACAGUGAGGUCCUCUCCUCCCCCUCACUUCAAUGUUUCAAGGUUGCACCACCUGUGAUUGAUUUGAUCUGCUGUACUAAUGUCUGUGUAUACAACAAUAAUGGACAUUUUCAAUAGAUGCCAGCACAUUUUAUUAGAAUGUAUCAAAUGCAAGAACCUUAUUUUUUCUGUCUUUCUUUUCCUGAAUAUGUUAGAUAUUUGAGGGCCUGAUAAGGUUGAGGACUUACAGGUACAUUUUCUGAACCCUCAUAUUCAGAUACAGGCAAUGACUGCAAUACAAGUAAGGGCAUGAAUUAACUGAAAAUAAAGGAUUCAUCUUCAUA